AGAGGAUCUUACUUAUCGAGGAAGCGGCUAACUGCCAUGAACUACUACUGCAAAAAGUCAGUUAGUGAUGGAUGAUGGAGCUUCUCAAGAACUCGCUAUAUGAUCUCAGAAAAGAUGAACUUAAAGAGUUUCAGUGGCACCUGAGGAAUGAUUAUAAGUUUCCAGCUUCUGGACUGGAGGAAGCAGAUGUAUUAGAUACAGUAGAUAAGAUGGUGGAGCGUGAGAAACAAGAAGGAGCUGUGAACAUCACACUGGACAUCCUGAAGAAGAUGAACCAGAACCAGCUGGCUGAAGAACUAGAGAAAAAACUCAAAGUAAAGAAAGGUGCAGUUGACAGUAAAGCUGUUGAUGUUGAUUACAGUGAGUUCAGCAACACACUGAAGAAGUUAUUAAAACAGAAUUAUGAGAGAAUAUUGGAUGGUAAUUCACACCAGAAUACAUACUUGACUGAUAUCUACACCGAUCUCUAUAUAGUGAAGAAUCAAACUGGUGGUGUAGUGAAUGAACACGAAGUUAGACAGAUUGAAUCAAACAGAACUGCUGCUGAGGACACGUCUGUCAUGUGUAAUGACAUAUUUAAAGUCCAGCGUGAUACAGGUCGACAAAACAGAAAAGUGCUGACGCUGGGCAUCGCAGGUGUGGGCAAAACUGUCUCUGUCAGUAAAUUCAUCCUUGACUGGGCUGAAGGAAAAGAAAAUCAGGAAAUCAUCUUUAUUUUUCCUCUAGCCUUCCGUGAACUGAAUCUGAUUUCAGGGAACCGCAGUCUAAUGGGAUUGAUUAAUAAAAAGUUCUUUGGUUCUGAAAAUCAACUGUCCUCACUGCCUAAAGAAGAAGAUAAAGUGAUGUUCAUCUUUGAUGGUCUGGACGAGUGUCGCUUCUCUUUGAGCUUUAAGAACAGUGAGGGAUUUACAGAUAUUACUAAAGAAACUACAGUGGAUGUCAUAAUAACAAACCUGAUCGAGAAAAAUCUGAUUCCCUCUGCUCUCAUCUGGAUCACCUCCAGACCAGCAGCAGCCCAUCUGAUACCUCCAGAACACAUUGAUCAGGUGACAGAGAUCAGAGGAUUCAACGAUGAGCAGAAGGAGAAAUACUUCACCAGAAACAGCAAACCUGACAUGUCAGAGAGAAUCAUCUCACACAUCAAGAGAUCCAGAAGUCUGCACAUCAUGUGUCAUAUUCCCGUCUUCUGCUGGAUCUGUCUCAGUGUUCUCCAGCCUCUGAUGACUCGAGAGAAUCAGGACAAAACUCCCGCAACUCUCACAGGGAUGUACAUCUACUUCUUACUCUCUCAGAUGAAACGGAUGAAAUCAAGAAAACAAAGUGACAAUCUCCCUCAGUCUUUUGAAGAUGUUGUUCUGAAGCUUGGGAAACUGGCCUUCACACAGCUUCAGAAAGGAAAUCUGAUUUUCUAUAAAGAAGAUCUUGAGGAAUGUGAGCUGUAUGUCGAUGAUGGUAUAGUUUUCUCUGGGUUAUGCACUCAGAUGUUUCAGGCAGAAAAGCCAGUUUCUGGGAGAAAGGUCUUCAGUUUUGUACAUCUCAGUGUUCAGGAAUUCCUCGCUGCUCUUUACGUGCUUUUCAUUUACAGAAACAGAAAAAAAAACCCAUUCUGUCUCACUCUUGGAGACAAACUAAAAAGGACAUUCAAGAAAAAUUCACUGGUUGACCUUCAUAAGAUUGGAAUUAAAAAUGCUCUUCAGAGUAAGAAUGGACACCUGGAUCUUCUCCUGCGGUUCCUCAUGGGUCUCUCUCUGGAGUCAAAUCAGAAUGAGCUGAAAGAUCUUCUGCCCUCACUGAACAUCACAGCAGAAGACAUGAGACAGACUUGUGAAUACAUCAAACAGAAAAUUAAGAAAUCUGAAUCAUCAGAGAAGAGCAUCAAUCUCUUCCACUGUCUGAAUGAACUGAAAGAUGAUUCACUGAUCACAGAAAUCCAGGAGUAUCUAAAUUCAGAAGAUCUUUCAGCACAUAAGCUCUCUUCUGUUCAGUGGUCUGCUCUGGUGUUUGUGCUGCUGAUGUCUGAAGAGACUCAAGAGAUGUUUGAGAUGCAGAAAUACAGAAGAUCUGAUGAUGCUCUGAUUCGACUUCUGCCAGUGAUCAGAAACACCAGAAGAGCUCUUCUUCAGAACUGUAAUCUGACUGAUGAGUGUUGUGAAAGAUUGUCUUCAUGUCUACAAUCAUCAACGUCUCUGAGAGAGCUGGACCUGAGUAACAAUGAUCUGAAGGAUUCAGGAGUGAAGCUGAUCUCUGAUGCUCUCAAGACUCACAACUGUCAACUACACACACUGAGAUUGUGUGGGUGUAAUGUGACUGAAGAGUGUUGUGUAAGUUUGUCUUCAUGUCUACAAUCAUCAACGUCUCUGAGAGAGCUGGACCUGAGUAACAAUGAUCUGAAGGAUUCAGGAGUGAAGCUGAUCUCUGAUGCUCUCAAGACUCACAACUGUCAACUACACACACUGAGAUUGUCGUUGUGUAAUGUGACUGAAGAGUGUUGUGUAAGUUUGUCUUCAUGUCUACAAUCAUCAACGUCUCUGAGAGAGCUGGACCUGAGUAACAAUGAUCUGAAGGAUUCAGGAGUGAAGCUGAUCUCUGAUGCUCUCAAGACUCACAACUGUCAACUACACACACUGAGGUUAUCAGGUUGUAUGGUGACAGAUGAAGGUUGUUGUUCUUUGGCUUCAGCUCUGAGUUCACAGUCGUCACACCUGAAAGAGCUGGAUCUGAGCUACAAUCACCCACAACACACAACACUUCAGCUGCUCUCUCACACAAUCAAUGAUCCAAACUACACAAUCAAUGUGGGUCAUGGAGGAGAGAGAAGAAUUACAGCAGGACUACACAAGUAUGUCUGUGAUCUCACACUGGAUCUAAACACAACACACACUCUCCUCAAACUGUCUGAAGAGAACAGAAAGAUCACACAUGUGAGAGAGUGUCAGUCGUAUCCUGAUCAUCCAGACAGAUUUGAUCAUGACGUGUAUCAUCAGGUGUUGUGUAGAGAGAGUCUGACUGGACGCUGUUACUGGGAGACUGAAUGGAGCGGAUCAAUUGUUCAUAUAUCAGUGUCAUAUAAAAGCAUUGAGAGGACAGGACGCAGUUAUGAUUGUGGGUUUGGAUGGAAUGUAAAAUCAUGGUGUCUGUGGUGCUAUAAUAACAGAUUCACUGCAGUUCACAAUAAGAAUCAAACACACAUUAGUGUCUCUCCAGGUGUGUGUAAGAGAGCAGGAGUGUAUGUGGACCAGUCGGCCGGCAUUCUGUCCUUCUACAGCGUCUCUGACACACACACACUCAAACACUUACACACAUACUACACAACAUUCACUGAGCCUCUCUGUGCUGGAUUUGGUGUGUAUAAUGACUCCUCAGUGUGUCUGUGUGACAUAAACAGUCUCUAUAGAGCCUCCUGUUAAACACAAGAGAGACACACACAUAACCACAUGAGUUAUAACACAAAUGCUGUCAAAUGUUUCUCUUCUGCUUUCUUUCAUCUGGACAUUAUUGUGUGUGUGUGUGUGUGUGUGUGCGUGCGUGCGUGCGUGUGUGUGUGCGUGAAAAUGAGCAAAGAAAUCACAAUAACUGUCAAUAAUGAGUAAAUAUAUAGAUAAUAACAGACAUUCAACUGUAUUUACAUUAUUUAUAUGUUUGUGUGUCAAUAUUUGUCACGUCAGACUCUUAGUCACUAGUUUGUUUCCAUCAGAGACAAAAGUUCUUGUGUGAGUGGAGGAAGAUUUUCUGUUUAGUUUUCAUCAGUUGCUUGUUUCUCUGUCACUGAUGUGAAAGUUCUCAUGAACAAGAGCAGAUUCAUGUUGUGUAAAUGUUGUGCUCUUUAACUCUGUUUAUAUAUGAUCAUAUAUGACACACGUGAACUCUGUUGUGUUCUUUUACUCUGUUUAUAUAUGAUCACAUAUGACACACGUGAACUCUGUUGUGCUCUUUUACUCUGUUUAUAUAUGAUCAUAUAUGACACACGUGAACUCUGUUGUGCUCUUUUACUCCGUUUAUAUAUGAUCAUAUAUGACACACGUGAACUCUG